AUGUCGCUUCAUACAACAGAACUAGACGGAAUCUUGCCCCUCGUCAACAGAGGUAAGGUGAGAGACAUUUAUGAAGUCAAUGCCACCACUCUUCUUUUUGUCGCUACUGACAGAAUUUCAGCGUACGAUGUCAUUAUGGAGAAUGGAAUCACCAACAAAGGAAAGAUUUUGACCAAGUUAUCUGAAUUUUGGUUUUUCUUCUUGUUCAACCAGGUCCACAACCACUUGGUUUUGGAACCACAUUCGGAUGAAGAAGAAAUAUUCAAGCACUUACCCCCUCAAUUGUCCGAGCCAAAGUACAAGGAUCAGUUGCAGGGUAGAUCAUUGCUUGUCAAGAAGAUGGAAUUGAUUCCAUUGGAAGUUAUUGUCAGAGGCUAUGUGACGGGCUCUGCUUGGAAGGAGUACAAGAAGUCAAAGACAAUUCACGGCAUUGCCAUUGAGGAGGAUUUGCAGGAGUCCCAGGAGCUUCCAACUCCACUCUUCACACCUUCCACUAAAGCUGAGCAGGGUGAGCAUGAUGAGAACAUUACUCCAGAACAAGCAGAGAAGAUUGUUGGCAAAGAAUUGUGUGACAGAAUUGCCAGCAUUGCCCUUGACCUCUACACCAAGGCUAAGGAUUAUGCCAAAACCAAGGGAAUCAUCAUUGCUGACACCAAAUUCGAGUUUGGAUUGGAUGAGAGCGGCAAUGUUGUGCUUGUUGACGAGGUUCUCACACCUGACUCUUCAAGAUUCUGGAACGCCGAAAAGUACGAGGUCGGCAAGUCUCAGGAAUCUUACGACAAACAGUUUUUGAGAGAUUGGUUGACAUCCAACAACUUGAAUGGAAAGGAAGGCGUCAAGAUGGACGAAGAAAUUGUCACUAAAACUAAAGAGAAGUAUGUUGAGGCGUACGAGGUUUUGACUGGCAACACCUGGAAAGAUUAA